AUGUUGCGUCGCUCUUUAGCCACCCUGAUGCCACGCAAUGUGACCAUUAAGGACUCACUUUGUAGGCAGGCACUCGAUCAGAUGACGCCGGUCGUCUACUCCAGUCUUCCGAAUGGCUUCCGCGUAGCCACGGAGUACAUCAAGGGCUGCCCCUUCUCCACGAUAGGCAUAUGGAUCGACGCAGGAAGUCGGUUUGAGGACAUCCACAACAACGGGGUCGCGCACUUUUUAGAGCACAUGAAUUUCAAGGGAACGGACCGCUACUCGAAGAAAGAGGUGGAAAGCUUGUUUGAGCACAACGGCGCGCACUUCAACGCCUACACCUCACGCGACCGCACGGCCUACUACGUGAAGGCUUUUAACCACGACGUGCCCAUGAUGAUUGAUGUGGUGGCGGAUUUGCUGAAAUACGGCCACUACCGGCCAAAAGACAUCGAGCUCGAGCGACCCACCAUCCUGGCCGAGAUGCGCGAGGUCGAGGAGCUCGUGGACGAGGUCCUCAUGGACGAGCUUCACCGAGCCGCCUACGACCCCACGACGAGUGGACUGCCGCUGACCAUUCUCGGCCCGGUGGAGAACAUCGCCAGGAACAUCGAUCGCGAGAUGAUUCAAAGCUUCGUGAAGACGCACUACACCGGUCCGCGGAUGUGUUUGGUGUCCUCUGGCGGGUUGAGCCCAGAUGAGACGCACCAGAUCGCGGAGAAGUUCUUUAGCGACCUGCCAGCAAUCAAUAACCGCCCUCUGCUUUGCGCCCAGUACACAGGGGGGUAUACGGUGUUGUGGAAUGAAACCAUGGCGACGACAAACACCGCCGUCGCGUUCCCGAUUUGUGGUGCCUCCUGCGCGGAUAGUUAUGCCUUGCAGCUGAUCCACAACGUCAUCGGCCAGUUCCGUGAAGGGCAAUUCGAUCAGUUCGGGUACCAACGCCUGAAUCCGCGGAUCCCGUGGGAGCGGGUGCCGAACCUCGUCCAACUACGGCCGUUUUACACGCCCUACGAGGAGACCGCCCUGCUGGGGUAUCAGAUCGUAACCGCGCGCAUGCCGCCGACGGCGCCCGGCAUGGGUACCAGCGACGAGCAGGUCAUCAUGCUCGAUUACAUCCUAAGCACACUUUACGAGCUCACUGCGACGACCGUCGACGAGGCCCUCUUGGAGCAAGCCAAGUGCGAGUACAAGGCUUCUGUCAUGAUGAUGCGGGAUAGCACGACGAACAGCGCCGAGGAUAUCGGCCGGCAGAUGAUCCACCUCGGCCGACGCGUGCCGAUACAGGAGGUCUUCGAGUUCGUGGAUGCGGUCACCCCCAGCUCGUUGCGGGAUACCACGCAGAAGUACUUCACAGAGGUAUGCCCCACCGUCUCCGGCAUCGGCUCCGCUUCGACCCUUCCCUGGUACGACUCACAGGUGUUAACCUCGCUGAGGUUGAACCCGCGGACGGAAGCGACUCGCUUCCCUAAGGACGUUCGGUCUUAUGAGCUGUCGGCGGCGUAA